GUGGCUGUGGAAGAACUACCAAUAUGUGCUGGCCUUCCGCUUUGCCAUCCAGGAGAUCAAUAAGGACUCCCAGCUCCUCCCCAACCUGACCCUUGGUUUCAAAUUCUUCAAUGCCUUUGCCAGUGAACAGUACACCUUACUGAGCAUAGUAUAUUGGUUGAUUGGGAUUAAUGUGCCUUUCCCUAACUACACCUGCCAUACACAAGGGAGACACGUUGCUGUCAUUGCUGGAACUACAUCAGCAUUGUCUGUUGAGUUUGGAACGCUUUUGGAGCUCUACAAAAACCCACAGAGUAGCAAGAUUUUUCAUCUCUACUGCACUCUUUCUUUUCACACAAUAGUAACCUAUUUAAAGUUGACCUUGGGGAGAAAUUCUUUUCACUCACUUCCAAGAGAGAUAACACAAAUCCUACAAAAGUUUGAUCAUGUUUUUCUUUGCUUUCAGCUCACCUAUGGCCCUUUUGAUCCCAUGCUAAAUGAUAAAGAUCAGUUUCCCUCACUCUAUCAGAUGGCAACCAGUGACAGCUCUUUGGGCCAUGGAAUGAUCUACUUGUUGCUGCAUUUUGGCUGGACUUGGGUGGUGCUCUUUGUGUCUGAUGACAUGAAAGGAGAGCAGUUCCUUCAGUAUUUUGAAGCAGAGAUGCUCAAGAAAGGUAUCUGUGUGGCCUUUACAGUUAAGCUCCCUGUCACAAAGAAGUUGUAUGGGUAUGGUGAUCUCACUUUCAUGAGUAGCAUCAGAGUUUCAUCUGCAAAUGUGCAUAUACUCUAUGGUGAUGUAAGAGGUCUCAUCAGUGUGGACAUUUCAGUGCAGUCCUUUGUAACCAUCGGGAAAGUGUGGAUCAUGACAUCAAAGUGGGAUCUUGUUAUGUCUGAGACAAACCACAUGUUGCAUUCUUGGCACGGAGGCUUCUCAUUUUCACCCCACAAGGAAGAAAUUCCUGGCCUCAAACAUUUUGUCAAGAUGGCAAACCCUUCCCACUACCCAGAAGACUUUUAUUUCAGUAAAUUAUGGCUUUUCCAUCUGCACUGCUCACUUGAAGGAUCAUUUUGUGGACAUAUUGGAAGCUGCCCACCAAAUACCUCCUUAGAGUUUCUUCCAGGACAUAUUGACUUGCUGACCAUAUCUGACUCCAGCUAUUUAAUCUACAAUGCUGUCUACACAGUGGCCCACGUCCUCCAUAAAAUGAUUUUGGAGAAAGUAGAAAUGGGAUCUCCAGGAGAAGCAAUACAACCUAUGAUUCUUCCCUGGCAGGUAAACCUCCCCACCCCUCAAUCUGUGUGUAGCCAGAGCUGUGGUCCAGGAUUCAGGAAAAUGUCACAGGAAGGAAGACCUAUCUGCUGCUAUACUUGUGUUUUGUGUCCAGAGAAAGAAAUUGCCAAUCAGACAGAUGCAAAGCAGUGCAUCCCAUGUGAAGAUCACGAAUACCCAAACCAGGAUAGAAGUCACUGCCUCCCUAAGUUGAUGACGUUCUUGGACUUUGAGGAAUCUCUGGGGAUGGCUCUGGCCUGCAUGGCUCUGUGCUUCUCUGUCCUCACAGCUGCGGUCCUCUGGGUCUUUGUGAAGCACCAAGACACUCCCAUAGUCAAGGCCAAUAACAGGACCCUCAGCUACAUCCUGCUCAUCACUCUCUUCCUGUGCUUCCUCUGCUCCUUACUCUUCAUUGGCCGUCCCAACACAGCCACCUGCCUCCUCCAGCAAAUAGCAUUUGGCCUUGUGUUCACAGUGGCUGUUUCCACUGUGCUGGCCAAGACCAUCACUGUGAUUCUGGCCUUCAAGGUUACAAAACCUGGCAGAACUGUCAGGCGAUUGUUGAUAUCAGGAGUUUCUAACUCUGUCAUUCCCAUCUGCUUCCUCCUCCAACUGAUUCUCUGUAGCAUCUGGCUGGGAAUCUCUCCUCCCUUCAUUGAGUUAGAUACACACUCUGAGCCUGGCCACAUCAUCCUGGUGUGCAAUAAGGGUUCGGUCACUGCCUUCUACUGUGUCCUGGGCUACCUGGGUUCCAUGGCCCUGGCCAGCUUCACUGUGGCUUUUCUAGCCAGGAAUCUGCCUGACACUUUCAAUGAAGCUAAGUUCCUUACAUUCAGCAUGCUGGUGUUCUGCAGUGUCUGGGUGACCUUCCUUCCUGUCUACCACAGCACCAAGGGGAAGGUCAUGGUGGCUGUGGAGGUCUUCUCCAUCUUGGCCUCCAGUGCGGGGCUCCUGGGCUGCAUCUUUGUCCCCAAGUGCUAUGUUAUUCUCAUAAGACCUGAGAUGAACUCUUUGAAAGGCUUAAAGAAUAAAAGCAAGUUCUAAAGGAUUCUAAAAUUUUUCCACUUGUUUUGCUAUCACAUAUUCAGAGUUUAGAACCAUGAAUCCAGACUGAAGUAGCAAUCCAGAAAUAAUGAAGGAACUAAAGUUGGUUUUUUUCCUUUAAAAACUAUUUAUGUAUUGGACAUACAGCCUAGCAGUCUGAGUGCAUGGCAUCAAUUUCUGGCUCUGGCUUUGGCUCCUGACCUGGACUUCUGAUUCCUGGGGACCCUGGAAGGCAGUGGUGAAUCUUCACGUAACUUGGUCCUGUCCAACCAUAUG